UUUAACCUGGCUCAACUCAAUGGUGGACAAGAAUGUUAUUGCUGUAGUUCUGAUGCAGCCCCUUAACACACGGGCAUCACUAUUGUAAAAUGAUCUUGUACGGCACCCGAAGACAAGGAUGUGAUCUUUGUACCAGUUAUAUGCUCUGUCAGGACUCCCGGGGAGUCAAUAAGAAGUUGAGUGGGGACUGAAUCUAAUGGACAUGUGAUAGGUUUAGUUUUGAUUUUUAUUUUAUUUUUUACUAAUCUUGUGAGAAACAGAGAACAGAAGUGCAGAGACAAAACAGAUCAUAUAUGUUAAAGUUGCAUGUAUGCAUAUAAUCACUCACAGGAAUUCAUAGUUUGAAAUUAAUGCAUAACAGCAUCCACUGUCAUUCUUAAGACGGUAAAAACUGUCUGUAUGAGUAUGUAAGGUACUUGUGAGAUGUGGUCAUGCAACAGGAAGUCAGAGUUAUUCACCAGAAAGCACAUGUUACUGAGCUAUUAGGUCACAAGCUAUGAACUGUUUCAGAUGAGAAACACUGUGUGGUGCAAAGAUGAUUCUAGGAUUCUUCUUCAUUUCUGUCAUUGCUGUUUUAUCAGGCACUAAUGGUGAGAUGGGACGUAUAAACAUAACAGUUCAGGAAGAAAAGAAUGUGAUCAUUCCAUGUUCCUAUGAUAACAAGUAUACUGAUUAUCAGAAACAAUGGUGCAUGGAAUCAAUGGCAACUUGUUUUUCUCAAAGAGGCCUUAUGUCAGUCACUGAUUCCCCUGAUCAGGGUGUCUUCACAGUGACCAUGAGGAGCCUGCAGAGUGAUGAUUCUGGCAUAUAUUUAUGUGCUGUACAAUCUGUUGGGGAAAUCAGAGCAGUUGACAAUUCAUAUAACAUAACAGUCAUCAAAGGUUCUCCAGACCUGUCAGUGAGGGACAUCAUGGUGAAUGGUGAGGUGGGCGGUACUGUCACUGUACAGUGUCUCUACAGUGACAAAGACAAGUACACCAAGAAGACAUGGUGCAGGAGAAACAUGGAGAAGUCCUGUUUACAAACAUGGAGCAGAACUUUCGACAGAGACAGAACUAAACUGCAUGUCAAUAAUGUACAAAGAAUAAUGACUGUGACUCUGACCAGACUGGAGAUGAAGGACACAGACUGGUACUGGUGUGGUGUGGGAGACUUAAACUUCCCCGUUCAUAUUACUGUUUCUCAUCAAACACAGACUACUAGAGGUUCAACAACUCUGACGACCUUGACUACAAACAUGCCAACAACAUCAUCGACAGAAUCUUCAGCAGUUCCAUCUUCAACUGACUUGAUACCUACUGGAGCCAGAAAUGGGACACAUGCACAGCGUUUCACCAGUGUGUCUCUGCUGAAAAUACUUCUACCAUCAUGUGGAUUCUUACUGCUUCUUCUGCUUGUUGUGAUGGGAACCUGGAAGCUGUGGCAAAUGCGGAGCCAUUAUCCACCAGAAAUAUCAGCCACAAUAGACACAGAAGUUGGUAUGAAUUUGUGCAGAAUGAUUCUAUUAACUUUAUUACAGAGAGAAGAACAAGAAAAGGCAACAGAAUGGAUACACACCAUGAUAAUGAGGUUACAUACAGUACUGCUGUCAUCAAGGCAAAUCGCCCAUCAAAGGCUUCAAAAGAACGGCAGCUUAAUGACUCUGAAGUGACCUACAGCUCUUUAGUGAUCCAGCACAAAUAGCAGAUAUGAAUGAAAAAAGGAAAAUACAGAGAGAUCAUAAUUCACCAAGAAGGAGCCUUAUCAUUUCAUCAAUUCACUAAGAAGAAACUUCCCCUUUUAUAUUUCUUGAUGUCAGCAUAUUACAAAGUUGAUUUUACAUGUAAAAAAAACACAUCUCUAUUUUGUUAAAUCUCAAAAACCUUUAUAUUCCCUCCAGCAUCUUGAUUUGAGCUUAAUCUCUUACAUUUCAUCGUGAGUACAGAUGGUAGAACUGUGGUUUUGUACUGCUUUUUUCAAAUAAAAUGUAGCAGCAAUAUACAACCCAUAGAUAACCAGAACUAGUUGGACAGAAGAACAUCUGUAUGAAUGAAGAUCUUCAGAAGAAAUGUAAAGUGCUGUUUAGUACUGUUAAUAUGUUACAGUGAUGUACCAGCAUGGUUUAUUCUGCAUGGGUCUAAGGAUUUUC